AUGGGAUUCCGCGAUCGUCGUGCUCUUUAUCACCCAUACAACUCAAGACCAGGUCAACGCCGUGGUCCUUCUCUUACAGCCGAAUCAAUGCGGCCUACGCGCAAACCGCUCCCUGCAAUUCCUACUCCUCAAGACAAACUCUCUAAACCUGAUGUACGAAAGGAAGUCAACAUCGCCAUUCGUGGAGUUGCCGAAGACGCUCAUUCUCAAUUAACAACUUCUGGUCCUAACGCUUGUCUCGACGUCGACGACGGACUCAACUCUAGAGCCUCGCUUACUCUGAAGGCCUCCGGUGGCCUUUUGCAGAGUACAUUCGUGACUGAUGUGAUCAAGGAUAUGUUAAGACACGCUGCUGGAUGCGAAAUACAGAUUGUUCCUUCCGUGGUGAAAUCGAACGAAGGGUCCGCCAUUGACAAGCCCUGUUUGAAGGUCAAGCUCGAGGAGCUAAGCGAUACAACGGUCUUGAACACAGCCACCGAGUUAACGCACUCGACAGACACUCAAGAUGAUGGCAGAAUGGAAUUAACACGUUCACGCCACCGUCGAUUGAAUCCGGAUGUAACUAGGCGAGGAACUCUUGGUAUGAAAAAGAAAACCAAAAACAACAGGCCCAAGGAACUGACCUACCCGGAAGAAUCUAGAAUCAUUCCGUCUUCGCUCAGCAGCAUCUCACCCGCUGCUGAUAUUACUUCUGUGUUCGAAUCAUCACGUCUCCUUUCUGGUCCGAAGAAUGAUGUCAAGAUGUCGCGCGACGAAAGGCAAGCUCAAAUCGUUCGGGAGCCCAGAAUCAUACCUUUGCUCAGCCUCUCACCUGUUGAUGACUCCUUCAUGGCCGAUGUACCUUCUUCUCAUUCUUCUUGUACGAAAAACACUGCUAAGGUGCCGCACGCAUCGACACAAAUUAUCUGGGAAUCUGGAACGUCCUUUCGCAGUCGCAUUUCGUCUGCCACUAACGACUCCUCUAUGGUCGAUACACCUCUAUUCCUUCCCCCUUCAAGUGAAGAAAACACUACUCGGGUUUCUCACGGCGUGAAGGAACCCAGGAUGACUCGGAGGUUGCUCAGUAGGAUCCCACCCACUGCCAAUGAAUCUUCUGUGGUCGAUCCACUUCCGGAAUCCCGUUUCUCUUCAAAUGUUGAGGAAUUGUACAGAGAAAGGGAAGCCUAUCUUCGCAGCAUUUUACUUGCUCGUCGUAGCUCUGCACACUCAACUCCAGCGAAAACUCCAUGUCUCGGAUUUUGA